GCCCUGUCGUCACUCGCUUGCACACGCUCUUUAGAAAUUUUCUGAUUUUCUCACUGAUUUCACUUUCACAACCCACAAAAAAAUCCCAGACACCCCCAGGAAAUCUCCAUCUCUUUCUCUUUGGUUUUCCAUGCUUUGUUUUCAUUAAUGGAGGUUCAAUAAAAAAAACUCAGCCUGAUUGCUUUUUAUUACUUAACUGAGACCAAUAAAUACGAAGUGUGCCGGGAGUAGUAAAAGUUUAAUAUGGGUCACCACACGCACCAUAACCACCACCACAACACCGCCACCGAUGGCGUUUCACAGCGAGAUUACAGCCCACGUUUAUCGGGUCCAAUGACUCGGCGAGCUCACUCGUUCAAGCGCAUCAAUAACAGCAACAACGGAAGUAGCAGUACCAACAAUACUUUGAGCGUGCAUCAUGAGAUUGAUCUGCCGUUAAACUCACCCAGAUCGGAGGUUGGAGCUGUGGGUUCGGUUUCGAUCGAUGGGUUGAGCCAAAGGAAAGGGUUGUUGAAGAAACAGAGUGUCGGAUCCAUGGUUUUGGAUUUUGGGUUGAAAGAAAGGAAGAGGCUUGGGCAUUGGAUGUUCUUGGUUUUCUGUGGGUUUUGUUUGUUUUUGGGUGUUUUCAAGAUUUGUGCUACUGGUUGGUUUAGAUCUGCCAUCGAAACCGCUACAUCAGACCAGGGGUUAUCUGAUUCCUCCACCAAUGGACUAGGGUUAAUGGAUCAAGGCUAUCAUGACUAUGGAUACAGGGAUGGAGGAAGUGAUUCAGAUCGAACUCUAAUGACAUUGAUAUCGGAGAUAACUGAUCGUUCAGGUAUUUGGUCUCAACCAAAUAGUAAGAAUUUCACGCAGUGCAUCGACCACUCAAAGAAUCAAAAAAAGCUAGAUGCAAAGACAAAUGGCUACAUUCUCUUAAAUGCUAACGGCGGUUUGAAUCAGAUGAGAUUUGGGAUAUGUGAUAUGGUUGCUGCUGCUAAGGUUAUGAAAGCAACACUAGUCCUUCCCUCACUCGAUCACACCUCAUACUGGGCUGAUGAAAGUGGCUUUAAAGAUCUGUUUGACUGGCUGCAUUUCAUUGAGACCCUGAAGGAUUAUGUCCAUAUAGUUGAGACAAUACCGCCCGAGUAUGCUGGAAUUGAACCUUUCAACAAAACACCUAUAUCUUGGUCUAAGGUUAGCUAUUACAAGUCAGAAGUCCGACCAUUGUUGAAGAAGCAUAAAGUAAUCUAUUUUACUCACACUGAUUCUCGGCUUGCUAAUAAUGAUAUCCCAAGCUCCAUACAAAGGCUAAGGUGCCGGGUAAAUUAUAGGGCACUGAAAUAUUCAGCUCCAAUUGAGAAACUCGGAAAGACUUUGAUUUCUAGAAUACGCGAGAACGGUGCCCCUUAUCUUGCUCUCCAUUUGAGAUACGAAAAGGAUAUGCUUGCAUUUACUGGCUGUAGUCAUAGCUUGACAGCCGAAGAAGAUGACGAGCUACGGAGGAUGCGUUAUGAAGUUGGUCAUUGGAAGGAGAAAGAGAUUAACGGAACAGAAAGAAGAUUGCUUGGUGGUUGUCCAGUAACUCCUAGGGAGACUUCCCUCUUGCUCAGAGCAUUGGGGUUUCCAUCAAGCACUCGAAUUUACUUGGUAGCUGGUGAAGCUUAUGGAAAUGGAAGUAUGGAGCCUCUUGAGGAGGAUUUUCCUAAUAUCUUCUCCCAUUCCUCCCUAUCUACGGACAAGGAGUUGAAACCUUUCAAGAAUCACCAGAACAUGUUGGCUGGUUUAGACUAUAUUGUCGCCCGCAAGAGUGAUGUAUUUGUUUAUACGUAUGAUGGAAAUAUGGCAAAGGCAGUUCAAGGACAUAGGCGAUUUGAGAACUUCAAGAAGACUAUCAACCCUGACAGGUUGAAUUUUGUAAAACUUGUUGAUGAUUAUGAUGAUGGAAAUAUUUCUUGGAAGGAAUUCAGUUCCAAAGUGAAAAAGCUUCAUGAAAAUCGAAUCGGAGCUCCCUAUCUUAGAGAGCCUGGGGAGUUUCCAAAACUGGAGGAGAGUUUCUAUGCAAAUCCGCUUCCAGGAUGCAUCUGUGAAAGAACAGAAGAAAUAUAGAAGGCUAAAACACAGCUUCUGCAAUUUUAUAUUGAUGCCAUGAAGUAAAAGGCUCGACUGAAAACGACUACUCAAUUCAGUUGACAAAUGCCUGGUCGAGGCAGAAAAUCCCUGGAUUGCUUGUAAACUAACACGUUAAUUCUUCAUGAUUCAUCCAUGGAGAUCUUAGAUAAGCCACAGCAGAUUCAUACGAUUCUCAAGAGAUACAGAUGAAAGAUACAUUCAUCAGGUGGAGUCUGAUUAUGAUAUCCUUUCCUAUCCACCAAACUACCUCUGAGAAAGACUAAUUUAUUAUUUUUUAUCAGAAA